AUGAAAACUAUCGCAUUCACUUUAUUGAUGCUGGUGGCCAGCGCCACUCCCUUCCCAUCUUCAGAUUUGGGAGAAAAUUUCCAGGAGCAGCGAAGGGAUCCCAUCGCUAUCGUUCUUGAUGUUGUUGCUAAUCUUAUUCAACGUAUCAAAGACGAAGGCUUAGACCCCUUUGAAGUUCCAAGCGGUGAAGUGGAAUAUGUUUUAAUUAGUGAAGAUAUCCUCAAAGCCGCUGCCCGUAUAGAGAAUUUCCGAUUCUCCGGUCUCUCCAACAUCGUGGUACAAAAACUGGACAAAUCCCCGUAUGGCGAUAUAUUGUCUUUCGACAUUGUUCUUCCUCAGGUGACGCCAGCGCUGAAG